UUCAUUAUCGCCGCUCAGCAUGUUGAAGUCCAAGCAAUUGCUAAAACAUUUAGCCAAAGAAUAUUCAAACUUUGCGCCUGCAAAUUUUAAACUGAAGCGCGCAUUGGUCGUAUCGAAGCUGUCACGCUAUGAAGUGGAGCAACUGCGUCAUCCGGAUCUUUCACGCGAACAGCUAGAGCAGAAGCUGCGCGAUCGGGGCACCGAUGUCGAAAUGGUCCUCUAUCUGCACAAUCUGCACAAGGACUUUGAGCAGCGAAUUGUGCAAAGCUUCCAGAAUGUCGGCUGCGAGGUGAAGUUGUCCAGCAGACUUGAAUUUAGAAGCUCUCUGAGCAAGGAUGUGAUGAACUGGGCGGAUGUCAUUGUGCCCGUUGGCGGCGAUGGCACCUUUCUGCUGUCCGCCAAUCGUGCCAGUCCUCUGUUCGCGCUCAGCCAGCAGAAAACACCGAUUGUCGGCUUUAACUCGGAUCCACAGCACUCCGAGGGACGUCUGAUGCUGCCCAAGCAUUACUCCGAGAAUCCCGCCGAUGCAGUCGAACGCAUCAAGAGCGGCGACUUUAAGUGGAUACAUCGAACACGCAUUCGUACCACGUUUCUAGGCAGCAAUGGCACGAUUCCCGAGUCGACGGACCUCUUCAGGCACACGACUGUCAAAAUGGAGCAAGUGGAUACGUCGCCGGAAAUGCUGGAUAAGCAUAUGGCUGGCAAGUACAAGGCCAAAAUGAAGCGUGUUUUACCAUAUCUGGCGCUCAACGAGGUCUUCAUUGGUGAGCAUCUGUCGGCACGCGUGUCUCUCCUGCAGCUGGUGCUGGACCAUCAGGAUGUGGUGAACAAGACGAAAUGUUCGGGCCUGUGCGUCAGCACCGGAACCGGAUCCACAUCCUGGCAUACAAGCAUCAAUCGUAUCACCAGCAGCAAUGUAGACGAUCUGCUGCAAUCGCUGCCCAGCAGCGAUUCGCCGGUUGUGCUACAGUUGCGCGAGAAUGUCGAGGAAAUCGCCCAGCGCUACAAUCAGGGACUGCUCUUUGCGCCAGAUGAUCCGCGCCUCUGCUACUCCAUCCGUGAGCAAAUCUGUGUCGGCGUAUGGCCAUCGCCAAAGACAUUCAAGGCGCGCGACUUUGUGCAGAGUGUGUUCAUCAAGUCGCACUGCAUCGAUGCCAAUCUGGUCAUUGAUGGCAGCAUAUCCUAUCCGUUUAACGAUGGUGCCAAAGUGCUGCUGGAGGUCCAUCCUGAGGAUGCACUCCUAGCAAUCGCCCUAGACUGAAAGUUCAAAACUUGAAAACAGACGUUAGAAAAGUGCCUGCUCUAAAAAUACUGAAGGCUACUUCUACUGCUGCAUUCGUUUGAAGCAUGUCUGAAAUAUUAAAAUUAAAUUUAAUAUAUUUAAUGAUGCGUUUCCCGACUGCUUAGUAGUGUAAGGUCGAAAGUUAUUUGUUAUAAUAUAUAUAUUCACAUAAUUUAA